AUGGCAUCCCGUAGCAACAACAAGUCCGAUGAUGUCUUUGGGUUGGAGUCGCAGGUCGACUCCGAAGCCAACUCUGCGACCAACUCCGCCCCAACUUCCCCAAUCACCAAUUACAUGGAUGCUCAUGACAAGGCGGCACAAGACAAGCGCAUCCCAGAGAAUCCAUUCGAUAGCACGAGUAGUAAGAUCCUCUUCGACGCAAUCGAUCAACUCCAAUCUUGUGGACUCGUCAUUGUCGGAGGACAGUCGACUGGUAAAUCUUCGCUGCUUCAAAGUUUAACAGAUAUUCCUUUCCCUGUCGGCGCGGGCCUGUGUACUCGCUUUGCCACACGCAUCGUAUCGCGCAGGACCGCUCCGGGCAGCGACCCCAUCGUCAAGAUCACCAUCACAGACCCUGAUGUGAAGGAUGCUUUCGGUUACCCAGUGGAUAACGCUUGGAAGCAGUACCCAGGCUACGUCAGCGAUCGCCUCGAGAUUGAACAAUUUCGAGACAUCAUGGAAGAGAUCACCACCAAGUAUAUGGGAAUUCGUCCUGGAACGGGUGUUCAAUCCAAGAAUUUUGCCACACAGGUCCUCCGUGUUGAGCUCUCGGGUCCGAAUCGAUCUCACUUCAGUAUCCUGGAUGUUCCUGGUGUUUUUGAGUUUCCAGAUACCGUCAAGCCAAAGGAGAUGACCGGUAUCAAGAAAAUGGUAGAGGAAUACAUGCGACAGCCUGCCAAUAUUGUCAUCUGCGUUGCUGAUGCAAUCACCGACCUUUCCAACCAAGGCAUCUUCAACAUGGCCAUCAACAUUGUUGAAAAGAAACGGCUUGUAGGAGUUUUCACCAAGUGUGAUUUGCUUCAAGAUCCAGUCAAGGUGGUGGAGAUUGCCAGCGGUGGAGGUUCCCAUUCCAGAAAGUCAAUGCAUGACGGCUGGUUUGUGGUAAGAAACCGCACCGAGAACGAGGGCGACAACUUCGACCUCAAAGACGCUGAGGAUCGACUCUUCAGUCAACCACGCUGGGCUCAGGUGCGCAGUGACCGUAAAGGGUCCAGCAUGCUCAAGCAAUAUCUCGGCAACCUUCUCUGUGCCAGGAUUCGCGACAACUUCCCCGCCAUUCAGAGUUCUAUCCAAAGACUUCUGCAAGAUGCUCAAAGCUCGAGGAAGAGUCUCGGAGAUCCUAGGUCUAACCACAAUCUUCGCCAACAGUACUUGCGGGAAAUUCUCGACCGGUACCGAUCCAUUGCUUUCAAGACGAUCAACAGCCCCGGCAAGUUGCCUGAUAGUAUGGAAGCCCUUCGUGUCUGGAGUCGUGUGAAGGAGUCGAAUGAGACAUUCACUGAAGAAAUGCGUGCUCAUGGGCACGUGUAUCAGUUUGAAGAUCAAGGUGUCGAUUCAAUGACGAAGCUCACAGAGGCUCUCGCUUACCACUACCCGCAUCAGACUUCCAAGAAGCAAGCUGCGGAGACGCGCGAGUAUGAGGCUGUCAUGACGCCCCCCUCCACACCGCCGAAGGAACGACGUGGACGGAAGCCGCUCUCGCAGGACAAUAACCCCGCACCUUUCGUGUCCGUGAUCCAAAAGCAACUUCAAGUUUGGCAGACAACUGAGCUACUGGGACUCAUCCAUCCGGAGGUGAUCAAGGUUCUUUACAAGCAGCAGUCGGAAAAAUGGCAAGGCAUGGCCGAGGCACAUAUCAACAAGAUUGCCAGCGAUAUUGAAAUCGCAUCCAACUCGAUCCUCCAGAACGUCUGUUCUCCUUCCACUGGCUCCACGAUUCUCUUCCAGGAACUGUCGACGAUUCUGAGCCAGCUGCAGACCCAAGCUAAGCAGAAAGCCCUCUCGGAGCUGGAGGAUUACUGCCGCCGAGACAGAGAACACCAUCUUCAGACUACGGACAAGAGGUUCGAGCAGAAUCUGAGGGCUUUGCGCAGCGUUCGGUUGCUGAACACAUACCACUCAAUGCCUCAACCUCAGAAAGACACAGAUCCAAACGUCCACAUCUUCGCAGUGUUUGGUCAUUGUCAUCACUCGAUUGAGAAGAACAUGAUUGAUGAUGCUCAUGAUAUCGUCAAGGUGUAUUACGAGCUUUCGCUCGAGGCUUUCGUCAGAUAUGUCACGAAGUACAUCACUAGUGACUUCAUUUCUUACUCCAAGGGGCCUCUGAUGGGUUUGUCGACAGACUGGAUGUUCAACCUGGACGAAGAAGAAGUAGAGAGGCUGGCUCGAGAGGAUGAAGACACUCUUCAAAAGCGGGCUCACUUUGAUGACGUUGUUGAGAAGCUGACUACCGCUGGUGAGAUUGUCCAGAGCGCUAGGAACCAGACUCAAAGCUUGGGCGGUUUGUGA